GAGCCAAGUUAGCGCUGUUAGCUUCCUCCUUCCAAAUCUCACCGGUUCGUGUAGCUGGCUGUCCGCAACAUGUUCAGAGCCGCCGUCCGACUUUCGGUCUCCGGUGUCCGGAGUUUAACCCGCAGGCAACCUGGGUGCCAAGCUCUUUUGGCCUCAAGGUGUUACUCACAUGGGAAGCAAGAGACAGAUGAGGAGUUUGACGCUCGCUGGGUCACCUAUUUCAACAAGCCAGACAUUGAUGCAUGGGAGCUGAGAAAAGGGAUGAACACAUUGAUUGGUUAUGAUCUGGUACCUGAGCCAAAGAUUCUUGAGGCAGCACUGAGAGCUUGUCGGAGGUUAAAUGACUUGGCCAGUGCCAUCCGAAUUUUGGAAGCUGUGAAGGAUAAAUCCGGCCCUCAUAAAGAGAUCUACCCAUAUCUGAUCCAAGAGCUGCGGCCAACAUUAGACGAGCUCGGCAUCUCGACGCCUGAGGAGCUUGGCAUUGACAAACUGUAGAUGAAUCUAACGACGGUGGAUCUCCCCAGUACACAAAACCCUUGUACUUAACUGUUCGCCUCAUAUAAUACGUGUGAUAUUUAAUUUGGCCUUUAUUAAGUUCUUUUGCUUGUAAAAUAUUGAUGAACCUAAUAAAGGAAAAUGUGUCUUUAUUGAGUGUCACAAGUAUUUUGGAAAUGUUGAAAUAGUUUGAGUGCUCACUCAAUACAUUACAGGUUGCUUUAAUAGAGAGCAGUGCGUCACUUUUAAAGGUGCAUGUUGACUCGGUGUGUCGGACGUUCUUGUGAGAGUCACAUUUUGCCACCAGGGAGCAGCGUUUUCAUAUGAAUGUAAAAUCAUUCUACUGUUUUCAAUCUAUAUUACAUCUGUUUUCAUUUCAGGGAAAUUUUUCAUGCUUGUAAAAUAAACGUGUUCAAAUGGCAAA